UCAAAAGCUAUCAAAAGAAAACUAUGGCUUGCUGGUCUGCUGAGAAUGCCACAAAAGCCUACCUCAAAACUCUGAAAAUGGGGCAAAAGGCGAGAGAACCAGACGUAGCAGAGUUUAUUUCAGCGCUCGCCGCCGGCAGCAAUGCGCAGUUAAUCGUCGUGGCAUGUGCCGGAGCUGCGGACUCCACAACGCUGGCCUUAGCCGCCGCAGCUUACCAAACCGGCGGCCGUGUAGUUUGCAUCCUUCGUGGGCUUGAAGAGCUGCGUCUGUCGGAGGAAGUUCUAGGCGCCGUCGAUGCAUCCAACGUUGAAUUUGUUACGGGGGAAGCUCGAAAGCUGGUAUUAACCCAAUACAGGGAAGCGGAUUUCGUGCUUAUUGACUGUAAUCUUGAGAAUCACGAAGGAAUUUUUAAGGCCGUGCAAGCGGUGAGGAAGCAAAGCGGCGUCGUUGUUGUCGGGUACAAUGCGUUCUCCAAGGAGUCGUGGUGGUGCAGUGGGGGAAGAACCCAGUGGCUGCCGAUCGGAGAAGGGUUGCUUGUGACUAGAAUUGCUCGGACUGCCGAAAUUGGCGGCUCCGGCUGUGGAAUUGGGAAGAGUCACUGGGUUGUCAAGGUGGAUAAGUUCACAGGAGAAGAGCAUGUGUUCAGAGUCAGAUUUCCUCAAGGAAAGCAGAUUGAAGCUUAAGCAAUUCUCUUUAUUUGCUCCCUUUCCUUCCUCCGAUUUCCCGAUACCGGUCUCAACAAUUCGCAACAAUUCGGAUAGAAAAUGUGAGAGAUCUCUUACAAGAUUUACUUGUCUCAAUAGAUGGGUGGACGGUUCAAAACACGCUAUAAAUCUCUCUCAUAUUUACUUCUUAAAUUUUUAAUAAUAACAGCAAAAUUAUUAGAGAUUUCAAUCCCCGUUUUUCCAUCGGGAGCUGAUGGAGCAAAAGGAUUUGUAGUUCAAUUAUUAUGCAUUAGGAGCUGCUCUUUAAAAAGUCCCAAUUGUAAAUCGCAAAUUAUAUACAUGUAAACCUCUCAUGCUCGUAUUG